AUGUUGAAAUCCGACUAUCCGUACAGUAUCACUGACAUUGCUCUCUCAUCUAUCAUCGUCGAUAUAAUCUUAGGUCUACACGCUCAGCGCUCAGCGGUCGACCAGGAUGCUGAGGCUCACCGUGUUAUUGACGAAGAAAUUGCUGCUCACGAGAGAGGGGAGAUUGUGGCCAAGAAAGUCGUGUGUGCGGUAGAGCGUAUACAAACACUCCAUGUCGAGGCACGGACGGGCCAAGAUGUCUUCAAGCUUCUACUCUUGAACGCGUCUGUUCCGGCGUCCCAGCUAGAGCGCUUUCAUCGAACGCUCCCCGAAGAAAUCAAUGUUGCUUGUCUUGUCAAGGACGAAACACCUGAACUCCCAAGGAUACGUGCCAAACUCCUUAACCUAUUGCGUCUAUCCAUCGAAGCUGAUGAUCUCGAAACCCGCGCCAUCUUGGCCAACCUUUCAUUCUUUUACUUCAUCCGACCUGUUAGAGAACCGGACUUGUCGACAUACUCGGGAUUCUUCUCGGUCUUGGCGCUACAGACCGCCCCUACGUCGACGUUAGCAGGGUUAAAAGGAUGGGUAACCUGCUCCGGGUCUCGCGAACAUGUCAGGGCCCCUCCCCUUCCUCUACUGCAAACGAUCACGAUAUCAAAGUGUCGGAAUCUCCUCGAACACCGCAAACACUUGGAGAUACCACUCACCAAAGCGACAAUCAUGCUCUGCUGCAUUCCGGAGAGCGCGAUUAGGGACUUGGAAGGUGAAGAUUCAGCGACGAUUGAUUGGGAGGGUGCAGAGGUGUACUCGGGGAUAGAGAUGAUGUGUUACGAUGAUGGACUCGAUAACGACAUCUACGCACCGGAUGAGUCUAACGAUGUGGCCUUGUCUCUCGCUCACCCAGAUGCGAAUAUCAAAACCGGUCCUGGCGACCGGCUGCGCACACGAACGAACGGUGAAUUAAUUGCUAACAUGCACUAG